GACUGUGCAGGGAGGCUGGAGGUUUUUCACAGCGGCUCAUGGGGGACAGUGUGUGAUGACUCCUGGGAUAUUAAAGAUGCUCAUGUGGUGUGCAGACAGCUGCAGUGUGGAGUGGCCCUCAGUAACCAGCAGGUACCAGCCUGGUUUGGUCCUGGUUCUGGACACAUAUGGCUGGAUGAGGUGGAGUGUGAGGGGAAUGAGACGUCCCUGUGGAGCUGCUCUUCUCUAGGCUGGGUAAAACAUGACUGUCAACACAAGAAAGAUGUAGGAGUCGUGUGCUCAGAGUUUAAAGAGAUCAGGUUAACUGAGGGCUGUAAAGGGAAUGUGGAGGUUUUCUACAAUGGAUCCUGGGGUAAUGUGUGCUGGAACCAGAUGGACAGAGACACAGCGAGUCUGAUCUGUCAAGAGCUGAACUGUGGAAGAUCUGGUGUUUUGUCUGAUUCUACAGCAAGAGUGGAAUCAGCUCCUAACUGGCUGGAUAAAGUUACAUGUCGACCACAUGAUUCAUAUCUGUGGCAGUGUCCAUCUUCACCCUGGGGACAGAAUAACUGUGAUAAUGAUGAAGUGGCCAAAAUCACCUGCUCAAACAGUGUGAAUGUGAGGCUGGUGAAUGGUGACAGUCGCUGUGCUGGACGAGUGGAGGUUUUUCAUGAUGGUCAGUGGGGAACAGUGUGUCAUUAUAACUGGGAUCUGACUGAUGCUGCAGUGGUGUGUAGAGAGCUGAGCUGUGGAGAGGCUUUAGAAGCAACAGGAUAUUCUUCCUUUGGACCUGGAUCAGGAAAAAUCUGGAUGGAUGGAGUGAAGUGUAAUGGAUCAGAGUCUACAAUGAAGGACUGUAGAUCAAGAGGAUGGGGUAAACAUGAUAGCAGCUGUAACAGUCAUAUAAGAGAUGCUGGAGUCAGAUGCUCAGAAACCAUAAACUAUGGACGAUUUACAAGACUUGCUGAUGGACCUCACCUGUGCUCCGGGAGGUUAGAGGUGCUUUAUGGGAACACAUGGUACACAGUGUGUGACGCUGCCUUUGACCAGAAGGAUGCAGAGGUUGUGUGUAGAGAGCUGAAAUGUGGGGCUCCUGUACAGGUGCUGGGAGCAGCUGCUUUUGGCAAAGGAGACGCUCAGAUGUGGACACAAGAGAUUCAGUGCAGAGGAGACGAAUCAACCAUUCGAUUGUGUCCAACUUCAAAUUACACAGAGUGCUCUCAAGACAACAACGUGGGACUGAUAUGUUCUGGUCACAAUGAUCUCAGACUGGUCAAUGGUCCUGACAUCUGUUCUGGUCGAGUUGAACGUCAGUUCCUCAAUGAAUGGGGCACAGUGUGUGAUGCAUGCUGGGAUAUGAGAGCUGCCAGUGUCCUCUGUAGACAGCUGUCUGUGGUCUGCAGACAGCUGGGCUGUGGCUCUGUGCUGAACUUCUCCGGCUCCUCUUCAUCCAGUCCUGAACACAGUCAUGAGUGUGUGACGGGCUUCCAGUGCUCUGGGAGUGAAGCUCAUCUUUGGAACUGCAGAUCUCCACGAACUCUCAACUGCAGCUCCACACAACAGCUGUCAAUCACCUGCAUCGGUCGGGGGUCCAUAAGGUUGGUGGGUUCUGGGGGAGACUGUGCAGGGAGGCUGGAGGUUUUUCACAAUGGCUCAUGGGGGACAGUGUGUGAUGACUCCUGGGAUAUUAAAGAUGCUCAUGUGGUGUGCAGACAGCUGCAGUGUGGAGUGGCCCUCAGUAACCAGCAGGUACCAGCCUGGUUUGGUCCUGGUUCUGGACACAUAUGGCUGGAUGAGGUGGAGUGUGAGGGGAAUGAGACGUCCCUGUGGAGCUGCUCUUCUCCAGGCUGGGGAAAACAUGACUGUCAACACAAGAAGGAUGUAGGAGUCGUGUGCUCAGAGUUUAAAGAGAUCAGGUUAACUGAGGGCUGUGAAGGGAAUCUGGAGGUUUUCUACAAUGGAUCCUGGGGUAAUGUGUGCUGGAACCAGAUGGACAGAGACACAGCGAGUCUGAUCUGUCAGGAGCUGAACUGUGCAAGAUCUGGUGUUUUGUCUGAUUCUCCAGCAAGAGUGAAGUCAGCUCCUAACUGGCUGGAUAAAGUUACAUGUCGACCACAUGAUUCAUAUCUGUGGCAGUGUCCAUCUUCACCCUGGGGACAGAAUAACUGUGAUGAAGAUGAAGUGGCCAAAAUCACCUGCUCAAAGGAUAAGAAUCAGGAAUCUCAUCGUAGUCUUCUGACAUGUUCAAUCUCACCAUCUCCUCACCAGAAACAGUGUUCAGGUCAUGUUCCUCUCAGACUGAGUGAAGACGACGGCCGGUGCUCUGGGAGGCUGGAGGUGUAUCAUAACGCUGUGUGGGGCUCAGUCUGUGAUGAUCACUGGGACAUCAGCGAUGCUCAGGUGGUCUGCAGGCAGCUGGGUUGUGGAGCAGCACUGAGGGUUGAUGGGAAUUCAACCUUUGGUGCUGGUGAAGGUGUUGUGUGGAUGAACAAAGUCGAGUGCAGAGGGAAUGAGAUUCACCUGUGGGACUGUCCUCUCUCCCUGAAUAAACACACUGACUGCUCCCGCAAGAAGCUUGUUACACUCAACUGUGAAGGCUUAUCAGAUGUGUCAGUGGCCACUACUCCUGCCACAACAUCAUCAGCUUCUCCUCCAGUUUCUCCUCUAGUGCGCUCAACAUCAGUCUCUCCUCCACAAACUCCUCCACCAGAGUCUCUCCCAGUGCUUGUGAUUGUUCUGGGAGUUGUGCUCUUACUGCUCUUAGUGCCACUGCUUAUACUGAUUCAGCAGAACAGAGUGAUGAGGAGAGCUCUCUCUAAGAGGAGACACAGGACGAUGUCUGAGGCCGUUUAUGAGGAGAUUCAAGGGUCACAAGCAGGGACUUAUAUGUUUGUACAUGUACAGUAG